GAUUUCAGCACAGCUACAGUGCGGAGCUCUUAUUUAUUGUAAAACACGCUGUCCGAUGUACGACCUACUAAAUGCGUUUUUCCGGUCCUUCCAGCGAUUUUGAUUUUGUCAAACGUGACGGUUGUACCAUAGUCCCUGAACGCAGCAUGACACAACAACGAAGAUGGCGUGUUGUGGAAACUGUUUGUGUUGCCAGUGUUGCUGCAGAGAAGGAGAGACGCGGACACCAGAAGAACUGACAAUCCUUGGGGAAAUCCGAGAUGAAGAAGACGAGAUUCUGCCCAGGAAAGACUAUGAGAGUUUGGAUUAUGACCGCUGCAUCAAUGAGCCCUAUGUGGAGGUUCUGGAGGGGAUGGACAACAAGAAAGCCAAAAAGUAUGAAGCCGUGCGGUGGCUGAUGAUGUUUGCCAUCGGAGUCGCCGUGGGUCUGGUGGGCCUGUUUGUGGAUUUCUUUGUACGCCUCUUCACUAAAAUCAAAUUUACCGUGGUUGGUGAGUCUGUGGAGAAGUGCAGCGACAAAGGCUGCCUCCCCCUGUCUCUGCUGGAGCUCCUGGCGUUCAACAUGACCUUCGUCUUCAUCGCCAGCGUGCUCGUCCUCGUUGAGCCAGUAGCCGCAGGUUCGGGGAUCCCGGAAAUCAAAAGCUACUUGAACGGAGUGAAGAUUCCUGGAAUCGUCCGGCUGCGGACGUUUCUCUGCAAAGCUGCCGGCGUCCUGUUCAGCGUGGCUGGAGGUCUGUUUGUGGGGAAAGAAGGUCCGAUGAUCCACAGCGGAGCCAUCGUGGGAGCCGGCCUUCCCCAGUUUCAGAGCAUCACUUUCAAGAGGAUCAACUUUGACUUUCCCUACUUCCGCAGUGACAGGGACAAGCGAGACUUUGUGUCGGCGGGUGCUGCUGCCGGAGUAGCUGCUGCCUUCGGUGCUCCUAUAGGUGGCACCCUCUUCAGUCUGGAGGAGGGCUCCUCUUUCUGGAACCAGGCCCUCACCUGGAAAGUGCUCUUCUGCUCCAUGUCGGCCACUUUCACCCUCAACUUCUUCCGUUCGGGGAUCAACUUCAGUAAGUGGGGCUCCUUCCAGCUGCCCGGUCUGCUCAACUUUGGAGAGUUCAAGUGUCCAGAUGGAGAUAAGAACUGCCACCUGUGGACAGCAGUGGACCUGGCCUUCUUUGUCCUGAUGGGGGUGGUGGGUGGCCUGCUGGGGGCGCUCUUCAACUGCAUGAACAAGAGCCUGGCCAAGUAUCGCAUCAGACACAUCCACCCCAAGGCCAAGUUCAUCAGAGUUCUGGAGAGUCUGCUGGUCACCAUGGUGACAACGGUGGUGAUAUUUACCGCUUCCAUGCUGUUGGGCGAAUGCCGUGACCUGUCCUCCCCCACAACCCACAACACCACGCUGUCCAGCAGUGAGGACAUCAACUCCACCAUCCGCCAGUUCUUCUGCACCAACAAGACCUACAACGACAUGGCCACGUUGUUCUUCAACCCACAGGAAGCUGCCAUCCACCAGCUCUUCCACCAGGACGGUACCUUCAGCCCCGUGACUCUGUCAGUGUUCUUCCUGCUGUACUUCCUGUUGGCCUGUUGGACGUACGGCGUGUCUUUACCCAGCGGGCUCUUUGUCCCCUCGCUGCUCUGCGGGGCGGCCUUUGGACGUCUGGUUGCCAACAUCCUCAAAGUGAAACUGGGAAUGGACAUCUACUCGGGGACGUUUGCUCUCAUCGGAGCCGCCGCCUUCCUCGGGGGCGUGGUCAGAAUGACCAUCAGUCUGACUGUCAUCCUCAUUGAAUCCACCAACGAAAUCACAUACGGGCUGCCCAUCAUGAUCACUCUAAUGGUUGCCAAGUGGACGGGAGAUUUCUUCAACAAGGGCAUCUACGACAUCCACAUCCAGCUGAGAGGAGUGCCGCUGCUGGAGUGGGAGACUGAGGCUGAGAUGGACAAGCUGACAGCCAGUGAUAUCAUGGAGCCCAACCUGACCUACGUGUACCCCCACACCCGGGUCCAGUCUCUAGUCAGCAUCCUGCGCACCACCGUGUACCACGCCUUCCCCGUGGUCACCGAAAACCGUCAGAACGAACGGGACUUCAUGAAGGGAAACAUCCUGGUCAGCAACAACAUCCGCUUCAAGAAGUCCAGUGUGCUUUCCCGCGCGGGGGAACAGCGGCGGCGCUGCCAGUCCAUGAAGUCGUACCCGUCCAGCGAGCUGAGGAACGUGUGUGACGAGCAGAGCGCCGUGGUGGCGCCGGCAGAGGAGGGGGAGGACCUGCUGCAGCAGAUGUUAGAGAGGAGGCACGCUCCCUACCCCAACCUGUACCCAGAUCAGUCUCCCAGUGAGGAGUGGACCAUGGAGGAGCGCUUCAGACCGCUCACCUUCCACGGCCUCAUCCUGCGCUCCCAGCUGGUCAACCUGCUCAUCAGAGGGGUCUGCUACGCCGAGAACCAGUCGAGCGCCACUCAGCCCAGGUUGUCCUACGCAGAGAUGACUGAAGAUUACCCACGUUACCCUGACAUCCAUGACUUGGACCUCGCCAUGCUCAACCCCCGCAUGAUAGUGGACGUCACCCCCUACAUGAACCCGUGUCCCUACACAGUGUCUCCCAACACCCGCAUCUGCCAGGUGUUCAACCUGUUCAGGACCAUGGGCCUGCGGCACCUACCUGUGGUCAAUGCUGUCGGAGAGAUUGUUGGAAUAAUCACAAGACACAAUUUAACCCACGAGUUCCUUGUGGCCAAACUGCGACAGCACUACAUCACCAUCUGACCCGACCGCGGCCGUCCUGCUGUCCCCCCAGCCCCGGACUCUGCUCGGCCCUGAGCCUUUUGUCUCUGUCCAUUCCUAACAGCAUGUAGGCAUUCCCAAACACACACAGGACAUUCCCAAACACACACAGGACAUUCCCAAACACACACAGGACAUUCCCAAACACACACAGGACAUUCCCAACACACACAGGACAUUCCCAACACACACACUUUCUCUGUGGGACAGGAGGUUGUUCAGUUUAUUUCACUCGAGUCUUACAUUUUCAGUGUUGAGUUGGCGGCCUGCGAGCCUCUGGCCUCAGUGGCCGGACUGGACCCGCAUAGUGUAGGUGCCACAGAGCCGUAUUUGACUUUACCAAGUUCUAGAAAGUUCAGAAGAAGUUUCAAACGUCACAAAUAUCCCCCAACGAUCCAUGCUGCCAUUCCGACGCUUCCGACAGGCACCAGAGGAUCUGGUGACGCGAACCUCAAAGUUAGAGCAGGUUUCUGUUUUUAAGCCAGGUGAGCACGAUAGCCUCGUCAGCAGCAGCACACUCGAGCUGGUUGAUUAUCGUAUUCAUGGACGUCCACACAGAUGACGAGCAAACCGGUUUAUUAUUAGCUCAUCGACUGCUGUUUCUGCUGGUUGGAGACACAGCUGACCAAUCAGAGCUUUGUAGGCAGAAUUCGGAGUGAGGAAGUCAUCGUCCUACAUAGCUAGCUAGCUGAACGUUAGCUGUUUGAAUUAGCUUGAUUGUUUGAAAGAGUGACAGCCACUCACAGUUUGAAGUCCGGACUACAACAAACUACCAAAGUGAAAUAUCACUUGCAGAGGUUUCUUUACUACCUUCGUGACAGAAUCGUUUGUUUGACCUUUUCGUUACGCUUUUAUCGUCGUCGUCACUGUAGCACUUUUUAUUUGUGCCUGUACGUUCUGAUUGGCUGCGUGAGUAACUGGAAUAUAUGCACUAAGAGCCGGCCGGCGUGCCCUCGCGGCCUGCGACUAAACUACACCUCAGCAGAAGGGUUUGCUUAGCGACCACGUCUCUUCACUCCAAGUUGGACAUACAGUAACAUUUCUAACCACUUCAGCAGGCUGCACAUACAUUAGCGUCGUUUUGCACUUCUGAUAUGUUGUAAUAUUUUCCCUCAGCGGCUCAGUGUUAGCGUGUCAGGGCUCCGAGGACGGACCGCAGGUCUGACGGCUGUUCACCGACGUUUUGUUACGUAAGAGAGAAUUUGAAGGACUGGAUUUAACUGCAAAAAUCCUGUUUUAGUAAAACUAAUGUCUAGAAUAUUUGACGUUAGUCGUCUGCUAGCAGAUACUCAGCAGUGUGCUGCGGUCCGUUGUCCUGGUACAUCGUUUCAGUGUCAUUUCUAAAAAUGUGAGUCGGAGCGAGUGAAAGGAAGCGGGAUGGACGUAAAGUCCUCUGUGUGUCAGGGGGAUGGAUCCUUAGAAACCACGAUGGCACAUAUACGUACAUUCCUCAUUUGUUUCUUGUCUCUGCUUGAUGUUUUAUUUAAGAGAUUAUUUUUUAUACAGUUUUAUUGUUAUGAUUUGCUGCGUGAGCUGCGAAUAAUUCGGUGCGUCUCUGAGUGGAUAAUGUUGUUGUUUAAAGUCUAGGCUUUGCUCACUUGUUAUUUUAAAGUGAUUGUUUUUAUGUUAUCCUUUCUGAAUUCUACAUAUGGCACGGCAGGUGGUGUGCAGAUAUGAGAUUAAGAGAAACUGGACUACUUUGUGACCUGUGUGGAGAUUUAGACGGCGCGCUGUGCUCCUUUAGGAGUUUGUAGUUUGUCCUGAUGUAGAGAACUGGCACUCGGCAAACAAGCUGCAGCCAUGGAACAAAAAAGCAGAGAGACCUCUGUCUUGUGCCUUUACACGUUCAAAUAAAGGUCCUUCUGUUCUGUCAAUCA